AUGGUGAGUGCCUCUCGAGUGUGGAAUACCUGCACGGCAGCGCUAACCCAGAACACAUGUGCGGAUCCCGAAGGCUGGGGGCCGAUCUCCACAAUGGGGUCGGGCCUAACGCCCUGCUUUGUCGACGGUCCGGUCAUGCUGACCCCCGUGGCCAUUUUGGCCGUGUGUGGACCUUGGCAGAUCUACUCGCUGUUUAGGACACAAACUAGCGGCGCCCCCACGCGCAAAAACUGGACCUUCUGGACCAAGGCUGCACUGCUUGCGUUCCAAAUCAUUCACUUUCUGCUGCUGCUUAGCAAUCAACACUUCAACGGCUGGAAUGGCUCUCUGCCCUUUCUCAGUCCGUUUCUGACCCUCGCCUCCAUCAUCCUGGUGGCUGUGCCGCUGCAUUACCUCGAGUACUACCGCUCUCGAAUCCCCUGUGGCUCAUUGCUCUUCUUCUGGCUGCUGUCGCCCAUCGGUCUGCUUCUCAAGACCUACAACGUCUACACUCGUGUGGGCUUUGGUACCACUGCCCAGAUCUACCUGGCUUCCACUAUCACAGCUCUCGCAAUGUUCAUUGUCGAAUGGGCCAUUCCUAAGCCGCUUUCGCCUCAGAUGGCUCUGGCCAGACAAAUGCGACAAUCGCCUCUCGAAAACGCCGACAUCUUCUCCCGACUCACUUUCCAAUGGAUGGGACCUCUUAUGCGACAGGGUUACGACCACUACCUGACCGAGGAGGAUAUGCCUCCUCUGCCCAAGGGGUACGGAGCAGGAGACUCGUAUGACGACCUCGAAGACGAGUGGGAGAAGAAACCCAAUCUGCUGUGGGCAGUCUGGAAGGCCUUUGGCGGCCCUUUCAUGGUCGGAGGCUUCUUCAAGUUCAUUCAGGAUAUCCUGGCUUUUGUUCAGCCCCGACUCCUGGCUCUGCUCAUCAAGUUCGUCAAGGACUACCAGGACAAGCCCGAAGAUAAUCCUCUCAGCAAGGGUCUGGUGCUGGCAUUUGCCAUGUUCGCCGUGUCUAUUAUCCAGACCGCCGCUCUGCAUCAGUACUUCCAGCGCGCCUUUGAUACUGGUAUGAAGAUCAAGGCUGGUCUGACGGCUGCCAUCUACAGAAAGUCUCUUAAGGCCGCUACUCGAGACAAGUCUACUGGUGACGUGGUCAACCUCAUGUCUGUCGACACCCAGCGGCUUCAGGAUGUGACUCAGUACGGUCAGAUUAUCUGGUCGGGUCCCUUCCAGAUCAUUCUGUGUCUGCUGUCUCUGCACGAUCUGGUUGGAAACAGCAUGUGGGCCGGAGUUGCUACACUGCUCAUCAUGAUUCCUAUCAACGCCUGGAUUGCGAAGAAACAAAAGACUCUGCAGCAGGCCCAGAUGAAGUACAAGGACCACCGAACCCGACUCACCAGUGAGAUUCUCACCAACAUGAAGUCUCUCAAGCUGUACGGAUGGGAGAUUCCUUUCAUUGGCCGACUCAACAGAGUUCGAAACGACGAGGAGCUCGAGAACCUCAAGCGUUUGGGUAAGUUCUCUGCUUUGGCUUCUUUCCCCUGGCAAUGUGCCCCCUUCCUCGUUUCGUGCACCACUUUUGCUGUCUUUGUGAAGAUCUCCGACAAGCCGUUGUCCACCGACAUUGUCUUCCCGGCUCUGGCACUCUUCAACCUGCUUGGUUUCCCACUGGCUGUCAUCCCCAUGGUCAUCACGGCCAUGAUCGAGGCCUCUGUGGCCAUCAACCGUCUGGAGAGCUACCUCAAGGCCCCCGAGCUGCAGUCCGACGCUGUCACUCGACUUCCUCGGGCCGUUGAGCGAGGCGAGAACGACAUCCUGCUCAAGGGGUGCACUUUCCUGUGGGAGCGAACCCCCCAAUACAAGGUUGCUCUUGACGACAUUUCUCUGCAAACUUUCAAGGGAGAUCUCGCCUGUAUUGUCGGAAAGGUUGGUGCUGGAAAGUCUUCCCUGCUGCAAGCCAUCCUCGGAGACCUGUACCGAGAGUGUGGAACUGCUCAGGUUAAGGGCCGAGUUGCCUACGUUGCUCAAGUCCCCUGGAUCAUGAACGCCACCGUCAAGGACAACAUUCUUUUUGGAUCAAAGUACGACGAGUCUUUCUACGAGCAGACCAUCAAUGCGUGUGCUCUGGUUGAUGAUCUGGCCAUCCUUCCCGAUGGAGAUCAGACACAGGUAGGAGAGAAGGGUAUUUCUUUGUCCGGAGGACAGAAGGCCCGUCUUUCUCUUGCCCGAGCUGUCUACGCCCGUGCGGACGUCUACCUGUUGGACGAUCCUCUUUCUGCUGUUGACGAGCAUGUUGGACGACACAUUAUUGACAAUGUUCUCGGAGAUUCUGGCUUGCUGGCCUCCAAGACCAAGGUGCUUGCUACGAACUCCAUUUCUGUGCUUUCUCAUGCUGAUUCCAUUAUGAUGCUGUCUGCAGGCAAGAUUGUUGAGACCGGCAAGUACGUUGACGUGAUGGCUGCCAAGGGCCCUAUUUUCAAGCUGCUGAAUGAGUUUGGCCGAAAGAAGCAGGACUCCGACACUCUUCGGGACGAUAGCUCGAACGCUGCCUCUGUUGCUCCUUCCACCACGGGUUCUCCCGAUGGCCCCUCUUCUUCCUCGUCCAUUGUGUCCAUCCGAGAAGAUAACACUGCCGGUAGCAUUGUUAAGCGACGGGGCUCUUCCCACACUCUGCGACGAUCUUCCACGGCUUCUUUCCGACUGCCCAACUUCAACGUGGACUCUGAUGAGCGAAAGUCUAAGCACAACAAGGAAAACAUGGAGCAGGGUAAGGUCAAGUGGAGCGUGUAUCUGGAGUACGCCAAGGCAUCCAACAUUCGAUACGUUAUUCUGUUCAUGUCGUUCCUGGUUCUGGCCAUGGCUCUUACGACUGCUGGAAACGUCUGGCUCAAGCACUGGUCCGAAGUCAACACUAAGUACAACCGCAACCCCCACAUUGCCUUCUACCUCGGCAUCUACCUGUGUCUGGGUCUCGGCGCGUCUUUUGUAACAGUCAUUCAGACCUUCAUCAUGUGGAUGUUCUGUAUUGUUGAAUCUGCCAAGAAGCUGCAUCAUGACAUGCUUGUUUCUGUGGUUCGAGCCCCCAUGUCCUUCUUUGAGACCACUCCUCUGGGCCGAAUCAUCAACCGGUUCUCAAACGAUAUCAACAAGGUGGACCAGGUUCUGGGUCGAACUUUUGUUCAGUUCUUCUCCAACACCAUCAAGGUUCUUUUCACCCUGAUUGUUAUUUCUUGGUCCACUCCUCCCUUCAUUCUGUUUAUUCUGCCCCUGCUCUUCCUCUACAUCUACUACCAGCGAUACUACCUGCGAACUUCUCGAGAGCUCAAGCGUCUGGACUCUGUGUCUCGAUCGCCCAUCUUCGCUCACUUCCAGGAGACCCUCGGAGGUGUUUCUACCAUUCGAGCAUACAGCCAACAGAGUCGGUUCAACUUUGUCAACGAGGCUCGAGUUGAUCAGAACAUGGAGGCAUACUUCCCGUCUGUUUCUGCCAACCGAUGGCUGGCUGUGCGUCUGGAGUUCAUCGGAUCCAUCAUCAUUCUAGCUGCAGCCUCCUUCUCCGUGCUGCAGCUCAAGGCCAAUCUCAUGACUCCCGGUAUCAUUGGUCUGUCCAUGUCCUACGCUCUUUCUAUCACCCAGUCUCUCAACUGGAUUGUGCGAAUGACUGUGGAGGUGGAGACCAACAUUGUUUCUGUCGAGCGAAUCCUAGAGUACUCCAACCUUAAGCCCGAGGCUCCAGAGUUCAUUCCUGACAAGCAGCCCGGCAUUGAUUGGCCUGAGCAAGGAGGCAUUACCUUCCACAACUACUCUACUCGGUAUCGAGCGGGCCUGGAUCUGAUUCUCAAGCAGAUCAACCUCGAGAUCAAGCCCAGAGAGAAGAUUGGUAUUGUUGGCCGAACUGGAGCCGGCAAGUCCUCUCUGACGUUGGCACUGUUCCGAAUCAUCGAGGCCGCCGAGGGAUUCAUUUCCAUCGAUGGAGUGGACACUUCGCAGAUUGGUCUGCAUGAUCUGCGAACUCGAUUGGCCAUCAUUCCCCAAGACUCACAGGCGUUUGAGGGCACUCUUCGAGACAACUUGGACCCCAACAACGAUCACUCGGACUCGGAACUGUGGCGAGUGUUAGAGCUGUCGCAUCUCAAGAAUCAUGUGGUGGACAACAUGGAGGGAGGUCUGGAUGCCAAGGUCAAAGAGGGAGGGUCCAACUUUUCGGUUGGUCAGAGACAGCUCAUGUGUCUGGCCCGAGCUCUGCUCACCCCCACCUCGAUUCUGGUGCUGGAUGAGGCCACUGCUGCUGUCGAUGUGGAGACAGACAAGAUCAUCCAGGAAACUAUUCGAACCGAGUUCAAGAACCGAACGAUUCUGACUAUUGCGCAUCGACUCAACACCAUUCUGGACUCGGACAAGAUUGUGGUGCUCAACCAGGGCGAGAUUGCCGAGUUUGAUACUCCUGCCGAGCUGCUCAAGCGAAAGGACUCGUUGUUCUACUCGCUUUGCAAGCAGGGAGGUUUCGUCGACGAGGAGUAG